CUUCUUUUGACAAUUUUGUCGGGUAGGCGUUAUCCUAGAUAUAUCUCGCUGUAAUUGUUAAAAUCGGGGUUAUUUUAGCAUUAUAGGUGAUUCAGAAGCGAUUUUACCAAUUGCAUAAAGUAUGUAGUACUUGAGUAGAAUAAGCAAUUAUUGAACUAAUUCUAGCGGAACAUAUAAAAUAGAAUGUGUAUUUAAUGGCUUAAUACUUCGAUCAUAAACGCGGCUUCCAUUAAAGUAAAUAUGACAGCAAAGUUAUAAUUGACCAGUGGGUUUGGAAUUUAUUCAUCGCGUAGAUCUGUCAAUAAUGGUGUAUUAUUUUUGAUCGGUGUUGAAAGGGCAUUUUGUUAAAUGUACACUUUUUAAGUUCAAUUUUCGCUGAAGGAAAGUCGGCGUUGACCAAACAAUUCUUCGUAUGUGCAUGUCGGUGUGGACUAUACAGUGGAUAUGUGAAUAAAUUAUGAAAUUCUGAAUGGAACUAAUAGCAUCUAUGAACUAUCUAGUUAGCAAUUAAACUGAAGGACAGUUCUUUGUUGAAGUGCCGGCUAAGUGCGAGGCACAUCAAGUUUUUGCAAUCUCGGCGCGUUCUGGAAGUUAUUAGCAGAGCUGUGUUAGUCCAUAUAACGCUGCUUAAAACUACUCGGCAGCGAUGGGGAACCUACUGGAAAAAAUCCAAAGCUGCCGACACCGGAUGAAGAAUCUAACAAACGUGUUUGAUGGUCGGGAACCAAGAGUGCUUAUGCUUGGAUUGGAUAGUGCAGGCAAGACAACAAUUUUGUACAAGGCAAAACUUGACGACACAAUAUUUGCGAAUGUGCCUCCGCGGGGAAUCAACAUUGAACUGAUGACACCGCGGCGAGGUGCGAGGAUACAGGUCUACGAUAUGCCCGGAAGUAAACUCACACGAUACCUGUGGUCAAACUGGUUUAAAUGUACAGAAGCUGUUGUGUACGUGGUAGACAGUGCAGACAGUGUGCGGAUAGACGAGGCCAAGUUCGAGCUUCAUGAGCUGCUGCAGUCACGUGACCUUAGGCGCGUUCCCCUCAUUGUUGUUGCUAAUAAACAAGAUUCUGAUGGUGCUAUGAAUACAGAAGUCAUCAGCGCGGAGUUAGACCUUACCUCCAUCCAGGAUCGUGAUUGGUCAAUCCAUGGAACGUACGCACUCAAAGGCACGGGAAUCAAGCAAGUAUUCCAAGACGUUGUAGACAAAAUCAAGGCGUUCAGACAUUACAAAAGUGGUCUGGUUGUGAAAGAUGUAAAGAGCAAACAAAAAGUUGAAAAAUCGAAAGGUGUCCAAGGUGAAACUAAUAUAGAAUUUACUGAUAUUGAAAUUAAAGAUGCGAAUGAUAAUGAGAAAACCCACUCAUUGUUUGAAUCAAUUAAGAAACAAGAUGAGUUAAAGGGUGAAGAGACUGUGUCUGCGACAAACAGUAACGGUAGUACAGACAGUAACCCAGCGGAAUACGAUAGACCCCCGCCAGAGUUUGACAUGUCUCCUGAAGAAGAGGACAUGAAAGCACCAGAUACUGUUGAUGAUGUUGAAUCUGAUAAAAGUGACGCAAAUGUAAAAGUGACUGAUUUGGACGAAGAUUCUUCUGAUUCAGACACAGACAGCGUAAAUGACAAGAACGGUGAGAGUAAUGAAAUCGGUAGCGUGUUCGAGUUCGAGGCAAAUGCCCCAGUUGCUGUAGUGUAAUAAAACUUAAUACGUCGCGGAGGCGUUUAUCGUAUGAAUUUAUUUUGCGGUUGCAAUACGUGACCUUCCUUAUCAACAUUUAUGCCUUUGCCUGUUGUAUUCUCAACUCGGAAAUGUAUUGCAAAAUUCAAGUGUGGUUUCACCUUGGAUAAAUGCUUUUCAGCCCAUGUUCAACCUCUAUGUCAGACAUGUCAUGCUCCAAUUCUAUCCCCGAAACGACAAUCACUUUGACAAUCUUACGCUCAUUGUGAUGAGUUUACUUUCAACAACCGGAGAGAAGAAACGAUAUACAAGUCAGUGCUUUCAAAAGAAUAACAUUUCGAAAUACACGUGGUACUCACAUCAACACAGAUCGGAUAGCUUCACGGUUUUCGCCCAAGGAAGCAGAUAUGUUUUGAAAAUUCUUGUGCGUUGUGAUUUUGUAUUCCAGAGCUCCGAGACUUCGUUUAAUUGUAUUCUGUGUCUUUUGUAAGGCAUUGAGUAUAAAUAAUAACAUGAUCUGCAUUUUCACAGAAAAAAAAGAAUCCAGUUGAAAAGAACUGUUAAUGAUUUUGAGAUUGUUGCACCGAUUGAUGGCACGAAACUAAUAGCGUGUGUGAUAUUGAGAUUGUUGCACCGCUGGGUGCACGAAACUAAUAUCGUGUGAUAUAUUGAGAUUGUUGCACCGCUGGGUGCACGAAACUAAUAGCGUGUGUGAUAUUGAGAUUGUUGCACCGCUGGGUGCACGAAAUUAAUAGCGUGUGUAAUAUUGAGAUUGUUGCACCGCUGGGUGCACGAAACUAAUAGCGUGUGUGAUAUUGAGAUUGUUGCUAUUACGGAAAAAAAUAGCCAGGCCUUAUCUUUCAAUACAGCUGCGAUGUUUAAUGCCAAAAUGUACUAUAUGACGCAGGUGCGACAUACAAGUAUCCGGCACCAGCUCUUUCAUUUUGUUCUCAGGAGAAUAUAGGAUACUGAAUAGUUCUUGCUUACUAAAUCUUUAAUUAUUAAUGUGAUUAUAUUUGAUCUUUAACUGAACGUAUUAACAUUUGACUACGAUGUUAAGAUCAGAUUCCAUCAAAAUUGAUUUGAAAUUAAUUGAAGUAUCCGCAAAAAAAUGAACUGCAUUUAUUAUGGAUUUUUGUUUAAGAAUAAACUGUUGCCAUACAUGUGUACAGCAAACUUUGACAUUCUGUCUGUUAUAGACAACAAACACGCACAGUUUGAACAAGAAAGUUCUCAUUGUUUUUCGAAAGAGCCUCUGCAAAAGCUAUAUAUGUAGCACACUGGUUUCUGAAGUGUCUGGCCUGGUACGUUCUGGACGAAACUGUACGCGCAUAUGUUUUGGUGAACACGAAACAUGUUCUUGUGUAAUAAACGCAAGUUUACUUUGUUACUUAGUUAAUAUAUAUUGUGGAAAUGUUGAAUGUGAAUAACAGGAGAAAUAAAGCAGACUUUAUUGGAAAACUGUCUCGAACACCGCAUUUAAACUCGUGAUGAUACCACCGCAUUUAAACUCGUAAUGAUACUCGUAAUGAUACCACCGCAUUUAAACUCGUAAUGAUACCAUUUUAAAUUCAUUUAAUAACUUAUUUGUGUUGUAUCUAUGGCUUGUUCAUAAAAAGAUUUUGCUCGAAAAGGAAGUGCUGUAGUAGGUGCUGUAAACUUACUGCAUGCAUGGAGUUCGCGGAUGUAUUAACUUGUGAAAGUAUUCCAAAAGAAAAUGCAAUAUGUGUAUUAUACGAGGGCAGGUCCAGAAGUAAUGUCACAGCGUUCAUUUCACGGUUAUUUAUCAUUGUAUUAUAAUAAAGAUUAAAUAAACAUAUAAGCUAAAUCAAUUAUGAUUACACGUGUAAAUAUUAUUUUCUGGGGUCGUUUUAAAUACAUGUAGAACUGACGACAUUUCGGCGCACACAAAAAAGCGAUUCUUCCAUAAACAGGAAACAAAGAAAAAACAAUCACCAAUUAACAUCAAAACUAAUCAACUAGACAAAACUACCAUUUUUACGUCAGUUACGUCAUUCACGUGCGGCAGAUCAUCGUUACCAUGCUUUCUGGACAUGUUUAUGAUUUUUCAGAGUAUUGCUAAUAGAUCAAGGUACAUGGGUAGGACGUUUUUGUUUUCUUUUCAAUAUACACAUUUGUAUGGCUCUAUAAUGAUACUACUUUUGAAACAAUCCUUGUAUAUCUAAAUAUAUACCAGUAUAUUUAAAAGUGAUAAUAUAUCGUAAGUAACA